CUCGAACGCUCGCCGCCGAAGCCAGAGUUUUCUUUAGAGUUUUUCCCUCGCUGCCCUACCGAAAGAGUGAGCGAGAGAGCGAGUGUUCGUGAGUGCGUUCGUGAGUUUCGUUGAAUUGUUCGUGUCGUGUCGUGUGUCGAUGACAUUUUCCUAAAGCGAGAUUUUUUAGUAAUGGAAAUCGGAUUGCUAACUAAAAUUGCAUCUGCCCACAGUUAGCAGUUAUAUGUUUAGUCGUAGAAUAGUAACUAGUUUUAAUAAAAUCGCUUAAAUAAAAACGCUGCCAUAAAUCGUAGCCAAACUAGGCGGCUGUGUUAUUUUCCACAUGGCCCACAUAAAUCAAUAAGACGAAAAUAAUAAAUCACCAAGAUCACGUUAAAUAUUUAAUUUCACACCGCAUGAUACAAGUGGCAAUAAAAGUUCCGUGCGAAUUUGUGCGCUGUCUACAACUCCACGUGCAUAAAUAAAUGAAGCUGUGACCAGCCAGUUGACCCAUGAGCCCAUAUUUAUUGGGGCAUCCACCUGAGCAGAAUCCCAAGUUCCAAAAGUUUCGUCGUGAAUUUAUUGCCAAUGCCGCGCUCGCGCAAUACGGUAUCCUCUGGGCCUCAUUGUCGGCCAGCGAAAAGCAGCUCAGCUUCAAUAAAAACCCUCAGACAACGCUCAAAAUCUUAAACACCACACAUACCUGGCACUUCCCUGGGCCUAGAUAAUGCCAAAGCACGUUUGGAUAACACAAUAAAUAGGAACUGGAGUCCAAGGAGAGAAGCUUUAAAUAUUUACAUUUUCGACCAGCAACUGACCAAAUAAACUUAUAACUAGCUAAUAAACAAAUACCUAAUCCAACUGAGCGGACCAAAACGCGCAUAUUCCCUAACCUGUAAGAAAAUCAAUGUGAGACUUGUGCUUGUAAACAAACCGGAGACCAAACAGUAUCGAUUAUACGGUUCUAAAUAGGAAUAUUUAUAUUUAGCCUAACAUUUAAGUGUACAUAUGACCAGAACGGGAUACAAACUUGGUAAAAGCUUUAAACUAGUUAAAUAAGUGCGAAAAGAGGCAAAAGGCAAAACCAACUCGAAUUUGCUGUCAAUUCUCGUGUGUAAUGUGUAACUGAACGUGUAAACCGUAGACUGUGCUAUAAACAUAUUCAACCCAUUUAUAUUAACCAACCAUAUACAACACAUAGACCGCUUUCAGGUAACUGUCAACCAGAAGUAACCAAACCGCAACACAUCAACAAUCCUUUCUGGGAGCUUUCCUUGCUGUGCUUUAUGUAGAUCUGUCUAUCGGUGUUCCUAUUGCAUUUAUGUGAUCUGUCUGUGUCCUUGCCUGUGUCCAGAGUUCCUAGCACGAUUAGCCAUCCUGCGAGAGCGCUUAUCCUUCUGCAAGAUGAGCAACAGCAACUUAGACCAAAUGCCCAGUGGCAGCAGCAACGACAACAGUGAUAACAAUAAUAACCACAACUGCAGCCGUUUAACUAGCAUUCGUAACUACAAGUUACCUAAUUGGUUUCCACAUCGCGCCGAGGAGAACAAGCGCAAGAAGCGCGUGGAGCAGCAGCGCCAGCAGCAGCGCCAGCGGAGGGGGGCCAAGGUGUUCAAGUGUGUCAGCGACUCCACCGGCCACUUGACCUUGGCCCCCUCCCGCCUCUUCGAGCGCACGCCCAUGAGUCCCUCGGACAGUCUGGACGAGAUUGCCCUGCAGAUACCCAGAGUUCGUGUGGAGUACUAUGUGAACGAAAACACAUUCAAAGAAAGACUGCAACUCUAUUUCAUUAAGAAUCAGCGUUCAAGCCUGCGCAUACGAAUCGCCGAUUUAUUCCUUAAGUUACUGUCGUGUGUUCUCUAUAUAAUACGUGUGAUAUUGGAUAAAAAUCCAACAUUUAUAACAUGCUAUGGCUGCGAGGUGGGCAAUAAGACGGAGUUCAUCAUCUCGGCCAAACUGACGGAGGAGGAGUUUCAGGAGAACCCCAUCAUAAACUGGGACGCAAUACUCUGGGUGAAUCGGCCAACAGUGCUCUGGGUCCUGCAGCUGCUUCUAGCCAUGGUGUCGCUAACGCAAUCCUUGGUUCUCACAUAUCUAGGCUAUAAGGGCAACAUCUGGCAGCAGAUACUCUCAUUUCACUUUAUACUAGAAUUAGUCACGACAAUACCCUUUGCACUUACGAUUGUCCAUCCGCCGCUACGAAAUUUAUUCAUUCCAAUUUUCCUCAAUUGCUGGCUGGCCAAGCGAUCGCUGGAGAACAUGUUUAAUGACCUCCAUCGCGCCAUGCAAAAGUCCCAGUCAGCCCUCUCCCAGCAGUUGACCAUUCUAUCAGCCACACUGCUGUGUUUGGUCUUCACGAGCGUUUGUGGUAUCCAGCACUUUCAGCGCGCCGGCCAUCGACAUUUGAAUCUCUUUCAGAGCACAUACUAUGUGGUUGUGACCUUCUCCACAGUGGGAUACGGUGACUUUGUGCCGGACAUUUGGCCCUCGCAGCUCUAUAUGGUCAUAAUGAUUUGUGUCGCCCUCAUUGUGUUGCCCACGCAGUUUGAGCAGCUGGCCUUCACGUGGAUGGAGCGCCAAAAGCUGGGCGGCAGUUACAGUUCACAUCGCGCCCAAAGCGAAAAGCACGUGGUGGUGUGCUCCACCACCCUGCAUGCGGACACCAUAAUGGACUUCCUCAACGAGUUCUAUGCCCAUCCGCUCCUGCAGGACUUCUAUGUGGUCCUGCUUAGUCCCAUGGAGCUGGACACGACGAUGCGGAUGAUCCUGCAGGUGCCCAUUUGGGCGCAGCGCGUCAUCUACAUUCAGGGAUCCUGUCUGAAGGAUGGCGACUUGGCGCGCGCCAGAAUGAACGAGGCGGAGGCGUGCUUUAUCCUGGCGGCCAGAAAUUAUGCGGACAAGACGGCCGCCGACGAGCAUACCAUUCUACGCUCCUGGGCCGUCAAGGAUUUCGCUCCGAAUGUACCGCAGUAUGUGCAGAUAUUCAGACCUGAGCACAAGCUGCAUGUGAAGUUCGCGGAGCACGUGGUCUGCGAGGACGAGUUCAAGUACGCCCUCCUGGCCAACAACUGCACCUGUCCCGGCGCCAGCACACUGGUCACCCUGCUGCUCCACACAUCCCGCGGACAGGAGGGCCAGCAGAGUCCGGAGGAAUGGCACCGCCUGUACGGCAAGUGUUCCGGAAACGAGAUCUACCACAUUGUCCUGGGCGACAGUCGAUUCUUUGGCGAGUACGAGGGCAAGAGCUUCACCUACGCCAGCUUCCAUUCGCAUCGCAAAUAUGGGGUGGCCCUCGUGGGCGUGCGGCCGGCGGAGCUACCGGAAUUCUACGAGGAAACCAUUCUAUUGAAUCCCGGACCCAGGCACAUUAUGAAAAAGGAUGACACGUGCUAUUACAUGAGCAUCACCAAGGAGGAGAAUUCCGCAUUUGUCGUCAAUCAAAAUCAAACAUCGGACCCCACGGCAGCUGCCAAGGAGGGGGGAGGACAUGGGGGCGGCCCCUCCUCAUCCGCCUCCCAGCACGCCACUGCUGCAACUGCCAACCCAACAAAAACAACAACAGUAACAACAACAACAGUACAAGCAACAACAACAAUUAGCACCACCUUCACAUCAUCAACAUUACUAUCAGCAUCAACAACAACAGCAACAAUAAAUGCAACCUCAACCGCCGCAGCCGCACCACCACCAGUGCCGUCUGUUUGUGUGCGUGUGCCCCACAGUCCCAGUUACGAUAGUGGUGGUGGCACCACCGGCACCACCCACUUGCAACCGUAUCCGUAUCCGCAAUCGUAUCCGCAACCGCAUCUGGCAAUGCAAACACCUGACAGUGGCGAGUUUGCAUCACUAUUUGUGCCUAGCGAAAAUCCGACGGCUGUGAUAAUCUCGGACUCUAGGCAGAACCUCAAGGACACGACGGUGACCCAGACGGCGGCAACGAUAACCACAACGACCCUGCCGCCACCGCCCCAGACGAUGGGAUCCCCCAGCAUGGCGGGCGGCUCGGGCGGAUGUGGUGGAGGGGGUAUCGGCUUGGGUAGUGCCCACAGCAUGGGAACCUCACUCAGUAUCACCCCAGCCACACUGACCACUACGGGCAAUCACCUGGAUGUGCCCUUUGCCAACAAUCCCAACCUGCUCAGUCCGGAUGUGCUCAACCAGCGGAGGGGCAGUAGACGUCCCUCGAUCCUGCCCGUGCCCGACAUGUUCACCUCCUCCUCAUUCAGCAUCGCCGGCAACGACGAUGGCGAAGAGGGGGACGAGAGUGAUGAUGAGAUCGACGACGAGAUGCCCUGGCGUUCACCGUCCGAGAAGAUUGCCUGCUUGGGCGGGCACUUUCCACAAUCGCGCACCUAUUCGCUCAUCAUGAGCUCCUCGGAGGAUUCGUAUCAGCGCGGUUGCAGCUUCUGCAGUGCCAAUGCUUCCGCUUCCACUGCUGCCGUUGCUGCUGCUCCUGCUGCUCCUGAAUAUCCAGGAGAUUCUCCAGGCGAGUCCGGAUCUAAUGCCGAUUACACUGCCAUUCCAUCCGAAGAGUAUCUACCGCAGUUGCGCAGGCGCGUCAUGAAAAAGAGCUUCAGCUGCGAUAGUGAGUGCCGCUCGGUGCCCGGAAUGGGAAUGGGCAUGGGCAUGGGCAUGGGUGUGGGUCUGGGCCUGGGUGGAGGAGCCCUGGCCAGACUAGCGGCCAGAAGGCGCCAGUUGCAGCGAUGUUGCUCCUGCAGUUGCUCCACUGCCACCACAACUACAACGCCGGCGGUGGCAGCGACAACAGCAAUGGCAGCAGGAAGUGGGGCAACGGCAUUCACGUCGAGCAGUUCCGUAGAGACACGUCGACCGGUGCGUCCGGUGUGGGUCUACGACUACUCCUGCAUCGUCAAGGGGUUUCCACCUGUGUCACCCUUCAUAGGCGUUAGUCCCACGCUCUGCUACCUGCUCAAAGAGAAGAAGCCCCUCUGCUGUCUGCAGUUGGCUCAGGUGUGCGAGCACUGUAGCUAUCGAAAUGCAAAGGAGUAUCAGUGGCAGAACAAGACGAUUAUCCUGGCAGCGGAUUACGCCUCCAAUGGCAUAUACAACUUCAUCAUCCCGCUGAGAGCUCACUUCCGAUCGAAAACCUCGUUGAAUCCCAUCAUCCUGCUCCUGGAGAGAAGGCCAGAUGUAGCCUUCCUAGAUGCGUUGUCGUACUUUCCUUUGGUCUACUGGAUGCUGGGCUCGAUCGACUGCCUGGACGAUCUGCUGAGGGCUGGCAUCACUUUGGCAGAAAGUGUGGUGGUGGUCAACAAGGAGCUCUCAAAUUCGGCCGAGGAGGACUCCCUUUCAGACUGCAACACCAUUGUGGCCGUGCAGAAUAUGUUCAAAUUCUUCCCCAGCAUCAAGAGCAUCACCGAGCUGUCGCAGAGCUCCAACAUGAGGUUUAUGCAGUUCCGGGCCCACGACAAGUACGCCCUUCAUCUGAGCAAAAUGGAAAAGCGCGAGAAGGAGCGCGGGUCGCACAUCUCCUAUAUGUUCCGCCUACCCUUUGCCGCAGGAGCCGUGUUCAGUGCCUCCAUGCUGGACACCCUGCUGUACCAAGCCUUCGUGAAGGACUAUGUGAUUACCUUUGUGCGGUUACUGCUGGGCAUUGAUCAGGCGCCGGGCAGUGGAUUCCUGACCUCGAUGCGCAUCACUAAGGACGACAUGUGGAUACGCACCUAUGGUCGCCUGUACCAGAAGCUGUGCUCCACCACCUGCGAAAUACCCAUUGGCAUUUACCGCACGCAGGACACCUCGAAUGCGGACACGUCUCAUGUGAGUAACUCACCGGUCGAGAGAUGGGGACCCUUCUCGGCCUUCAGCAGGCAUUGUGUGCGCUUGCGUCCAUCGUACGACGAGGAGACCGGCACGCCCGACUCGACGAAGGACUCGACGGAAAUGCUGCGCGGGGUCACCUACCGUCCGCCUGGGUCGGCAACAGGUGGCGCCAGCAGCUUCCGGCCUCAGCCGCAACGCCAGCGGUCGGUCAACUGCCUGGGCGGUUGCUCGGAGCGCAAGGGAUCAUCCUAUUCCAUCAAUCUGGCCGACGAGGCGAGGGACAACCACGCUCAGCAGAUCGAGCGCGCGGAGAUCGCGAAUCUUGUACGCAGUCGGAUGGAGUCUCUGAAUCUACCCACGAUUGACUAUGACGAUGUGAGCGAGAAGCGCAACCACCUGUCCUAUGUGAUAAUCAACCCGAGCUGUGAUCUCAAACUGGAGGAAGGCGAUCUCAUAUACUUGGUGAGGCCGUCGCCGUUCUCCGCCCAAAAGACCUUCGAGCGACACAACUCGCGCCGCAAGUCGAACAUCUCGUUCUGCUCGAACAUUAACCUGGGAGCCACAUGUGGCCCUCAGAUGCCGCAGAUGAACAUGAACAUGGCCAACACCGCCGUCGGGGCUGGAUCGCGUCGAGGAUCCGGCAUUGCCGGCUUGAACCCCAUGCAAAUGCAGAGCGUUCAGACCUUGGCCGGGUAUGGAUCAACCUCGCAGCGCUGUAGCCCCCCGAUGCAGCAAAUUAAAUCGAAUUCUCUUUCUCUACCCGACAGUCCGACGGUGGUUGGCAAUCAGCGAGGACGGAGUAACUCAUUGCGGAUCGACAACGAUAUCCUGCUGCGUCGAUCCUCGUCCCUGCGACAGGGCCUUCCCAGCGUGGGCGUCAGCCACGGCCGGAGAAAGUCGUCGCUGGAAGAGAUCGGCAUAAGCCACUUCACCACGCUCAUGCAGGCAACCAACCAUAGUAAUCCCAUUAAGAUAUCCCUAAACGGUAGCAUCGGCAUGGAGAACCAGAUCUCCUUGCAGGUGACACCGCCCGAGGAGCCCACACCCAUGUUAGGUGUGCCUUGUGUGUUGGGCGGUGGCGGUGGAGGUGGCAUUAACCCAUCUGGAGCAGGUUCCUCCACCGGCGGCAUGCUGGGCGGCGGCUCCUCACUAGCCAUUAACACCGCUGACCUGGGACCCGGACCAAGUACCUCUUCGGGCGCCAGUGGGUCACUGCAAGCACAGGACUCGCUGGGGCAGCAGUCAUCUCAGGUGUCAUCGCCACAGCAUUUGCAGGGAACGAUCGUAUGAUACAACCUGAUGUGGGGGCGCCGACUCCGCUCCUCCAUGUCGAAAAACAAGUGGAUAUAGAAUUCGGCCAGCACACACAGACACACCCGUAGAGAUAAGUUCUAGGCAGAGCGAAAGUAUUAGGAACCCAACCAAAUAUACCCACCCACCCCAAAGGCUGUCUGUGGUGUGUGUUCUCUGUUAGUCCACUUCGAGUCCCAAUAGGUUAGUCGCGUACGUUUAAUAGAUCACUAGGGAGUCGAGCGUGCUUAUCAGUUUUUCGCUAGGGAGUAGGCAUACGAGUAUAUUGUAUAUUGCAUGUUUUGCAAAUUAGUUGUAAGCUAUGAACAUGUCGGCUUUGUACAAAGGAAGCCGCGGCAAAUUGUGUUUUGGGAACAACAAAUGUAGUUAAACUAUUGGAUAGGUGGGGCGAUGAAUAAGCAAACUGUAUAACUGUAUAUAUCUGACGCCUAGUUCUAAGCCAGAUGUAGCAAACUAUCAAAUAGAUCGGGCUUUAACAAAAAAACCAUGUAUAUACCUUAGGUAUCAUCACUUAGUUGGGCUUCAGCUCGGUGUAGCUUCCCCUUCCUUCGGGAGGAUCUUCCUGUGACCCACAUUUAACCCCAUAUAGAUACAUAUAUGAAGGUGCUAUCAAUGUCUUGUACUAUACACACAUUCAGAUUCACAUUUUGUAAAACUACUAGGAGUGUUCUACAUAACUAUAGGAGAGAAAGAAGGAGAAAAACAAGAAAAAAAGAAAGGGAAAGUGAAAGUGAACGGUUUUCAUAACAUAAAUUGGAACGGGCUUUGGUAUACUCUAAUGCUUUACAAAACCUACAGAAAUAUGUAUACAUAUAUUAAAAUAAAUCAAACAAUUUGUAUAUAAACUAUGUGAGUAAGAACCAACCAUGCAUUCAAAUUAAAAAAAAAGGGAAAAACAAACUACUAUAACCUUAUGAACAAAACUUAAUUCGAAAGACAACAGAAUUUAGAUAUAUAGUUUAGAGUUAACUAUUUAAGGCUAGUUUGAACAAAGGAUCAAAUAUCGGAAACUGUACCAAAUUCAAUGAGCUAUGUGUACCAGCAUUCACAUCUAAGACAACCCAGUAGCAAAGUGUAACUCAAUUCGAUCCCAGCUAUAGGCUCUUUACAAAUUAAUUAAAGCAAACUAUGUACCUACUCAACCACAUACCACAUACCACAAAACACACAAACACUCACCAAAAAUGUUAGUUAAAGCACUUACGUCAGUUUUAUAAGGAAAUUUUAGUCAACGAUGACGAUGAAAUGCAUUCCAGUGUCUCGAGGGAAUACCUAGUUUAGCUUAUGCCUAGCACCCCAGAAACCUAUUUAUAUAGACAUAUAUAGAUCUGUAUACUACUGAAUCUGUACAUCUGCAACCACAUAGGCCACAUAGAUCAAAUCGAUGUCUCAAUGUACAAAAGUAGUUAACUGAGCCGCAAUUGGCAUUGGCUGCGGUACGAUUAGUGCGAUACGAUUAGUGCGAACUAGGGUAUAAACUUGCUGUAAUAUUUAUCGGCGCCAUGCUCUUUAAGGCAUGCCGAGCAGAACUCACAAUAAACUCAAACUAUAGUUGGAAAUA